AUGAAUGUGUUUUUUGUAAAUUUUAUGUUUCUGGUAUAUUUUGGAUUGUGUCAAAGUCGCCGAUACGAUAACUUUACACUUUAUAGUGCGACCCCCACGGAACAAUAUCAAUUGAAUUUUUUGCAAAAUUUACAGUCCCAAAAGUAUAUUGAUGUGAUAUUCUGGAAGAGACCUUCCAAACUAUUUAAUGAUGUCCAUUUUAUAGUUAAUCCAAUCGAUUCAGAGCUGUUCCAAGAAAGACUUAAUCACUUUAAGUUGGAAGUACACACAUUAAUACCAAACAUUCAAAGUGCAUUCGACUCACAAAAAAUCAAGAAGUACACAAGCCUUAAAACCGAUUCAUUUACCUGGGACUCCUAUCAUAGUUUAGAAGAUAUCUAUCAAUGGAUAUCAGAUGUAGCUUUGAAAUUUCCUAAAACAGUCGAAUUACACAGUAUUGGUAAAUCAGUUGAGGGGAGAGAUAUUUAUGCAAUAUUUAUAAAAAUAUCUAAUAAUAAGGCUAACGUAAUCAUUGAUGCCGGUAUUCACGGUCAUGAAUGGAUUUCAACGGCGUUUGUUACAUUUUUAAUUAAGAAGCUUAUUUACGCUCAAGAUAUAGGCGACGAUCGGCUCAAUGAAUUGGCAAACAAAUAUAACUGGUUUAUAAUACCCAUAGUUAAUCCAGAUGGUUUUGAUUACAGCAUUAAAGUUGAUCGGUUAUGGCGAAAAAAUAGAAGAAAAUUUGACAAUGGUGAAGGCGUUGAUCUGAAUCGAAAUUUUGAUCAUAAUUUUGGAAAAUAUGAAACGAGUACGAAUCCUAAAGACGAUAAUUAUUGUGGUCCUGCUCCCUUCUCGGAGCCGGAGUCAAAGGCAUUGUCAGAAUUUAUAACGGAGAAACGAGAACAUUUGAAAUUCUAUAUAUCAUUUCACGCAUAUGGACAAAAACUUAUUAUUCCAUAUGGCGAUAGAAUCAAACACGUAGAAAAUUUUUCGGAAAUGGAUAAUUUUGGAAAGCAAGCAAUAUUACGAAUGUAUAAACUGAACGGCGUGAAAUACAGUAUUGGAACCACGUAUGAUACAUUAGGUGUACGUGUAUCUGGCAGUAGUACGAGUUGGGUUAAAAAUAAUUACAAACCUAAAUAUGUAAUAACGUUUUUGUUACGAGACAAUGGAACUUAUGGCUUUGCAUUGCCAAACGAACAGAUAAUGCCAACCUGCCAAGAAACUUUAAUUGGACUGGUUGAGCUGAUGACUGCUAAACCAAGACGCGUACGGGCGGACUUAUUUAAUGCGUCAUAUAAAAUAACUGCAAACGUGAUGCUAUUAAUCACAUUGUGCUUUUUGAAAUAA